AUGCAGGUUUUGCUGCGUGCGGGAACAGACACAUCAUCCGUGACUUUGAAUUGGGCAAUGACCCAAUUGCUGAACAAUCCAGAGGUGCUGGCAAAAGCCAAAGCUGAGUUGGACGCAAACGUCGGUCAAGAUCGAUUCGUCGACGAAUCCGAUCUCGCCAACCUCAACUUCCUUCAAGCCAUUGUAUCCGAGACCCUGCGCUUGCAACCGGCUGCUCCGAUGCUGCUCUCACAUUACUCCUCCGAGGACUGCACGGUUGCUGGCUACGACAUUCCACGUGGGACUACGUUGUUGGUCAAUGCAUGGGCGAUUCACCGGGACCCGAAGCUGUGGGACGACCCGACGAGGUUUCGGCCGGAGAGGUUUUUGGGGUCAGCAGCAAAUGAGUCGCAGUGCAACAAAGUUAUUGCAUUUGGGCUUGGAAGGAGGGCCUGUCCUGGAGAAACUAUGGCUCUACGUUUUGUGGGACUCACUUUGGGGCUGCUCAUUCAGUGUUAUGAGUGGAAAAAGGGUGGGGAAGAAGAGAUUGACAUGGGCGAAGGAGGAGGCAUUACAAUUCACAAAGCUAAGCCUUUGGAGGUUAUGUGUAAACCUCGCCCGGUUAUGGAUAAACUUCAGUUCAAUGCUCUGCAUAAAAUUUGA